UCUUGGAAAGUGUAGGUGCCCUCACCUUUCGCGUCCUUCCUCGCGACGAUCCUCGAAGGGGGCCAGGUGAUACGCUCGCGAAACUCUCGCCUGUUCGAGUUCGAAACACCGUAGUGCACCGUGACGAGUUCAAGGCCUCCUCGAGACGAAGUCUCAAGCUCGAAUAUGUUCGUGCGAGUGUCAGUGUCGAAAUGGAGUGCUUUGAAUCUCCCGCCGUGGAUUUAACAACAACGAAGAUCGAAAAUAUAAGAUGGUCUACUCCGCCAUUUUGAGACGCCUGAACACGGUAAGAGACUCGGAUUUCGUUAACGUUUGUACAGAAGUAUGUUUCGAAGAAGGGAAGAAAAAUGGCGGGAAGUUGUAAAAGUCUGACGCGAGGGGUCUCGAAGAGUAGCGCGAAAGGGUUCAAAGUUCGCGAACGGUAGAGGUCCAUAGUCCACGGGGCCCAGAAUUUUCCCAUAACGUCGAUCGUGAGCGAAGCCGGACGCUCCGAUUCCCACAUGUGCCCCUCUCCGCGAGCCCCGGCGGUGCACGCUGGACGUUCUCCAGAGAGGCUCGCGGAGAGGUAGGGGGGUGGGGGCAAAUGGCGGAGCAACAGCCACCGUUACCGAGACGGUAAGAGCAAAAAAGUUCGAGGGACAGAGAAAGGGAAGAAAGAAGGCGCGAAAGGGAAGAAUGGUGGUCGCAGGGGGUGGCAGUACGAGCGAGAGAGACGCACGGCGUGUGACGGAAAGGGAGAAAAAGAGGAAGAAAACGUAGGCCAAGCCGCACCGCGCCCGCAUGCCGACCGGGCCGUCCUCUCGAAGACCGGAGGCCAGUAGGUGCCGCAGGAUUGGCUGGCUUCCAUGUGUGGGGGCGGCCUGGCCGGCAACCCGUUGAAAAUAUAAGCCUGUGUGAGUGUCGGCUGAUUAGCCAGAGUCGGAACGGAUCGUCGGUAGUGCGAGAGUGUCCCGGAUAGGACGGGCUUGCUUCGCGAUAUAAACGCCGCGCGACAGAAACCGUUCCCCGACGAGAGGAGUGAACCCGAUACCAUUCCAAGUCGCGCGGUCCUCCAAGGUCCUGGGUUUCCCUUCUGGACGCCACAGAGACCGACGCAGCACUAUCUCCGUUUCGCGUUCAGACGUUCUCGCCGCCGGCUCUAGGUUCACUUAGUUAACUCCGCUUAAAACUAAUCAAAAUUAAUCAUAACCCGGGCAACAAUUGAUCGCAAUUGGUCCGGAUUCCAUUACGGAGGACGCGUUAACGCGAUCAGCCGCGGCGCGCCGUGGCAACGCGCUUUUUUUGCAUAAUUCGAGCCGGACGACGCGACAUUUUAACGAGCCCGGACCAACGACUUCAAAACCACCGUUCCCGGCGAAAUCAAAGACCAAGCUCGUCGAUGGUACCUGUUGCCGCGCUGGUUCAUUUAGAUCGAUCGACGCAACAGGUGACUACGGUACAGUAAGACGUAUACGCCUGGUGACAGAGAGAGACCAUCGACUGGUCGUUGAUUUGGACAUUUGGAGCAAGCUGUUCUCGAGGACCGGUGCUCGUUUGUGUCUUCUGGUCCUCAGCGACGAGUUGUGGACGCGUCAAGUGACUCUGGUACAGCAGCACCGAGGAAGAUUACACCUGGGGACAGAGGAAGUCCAUCAAUUGGUUGAUGAUUACGAUUACCACCCGACGGAAGACAUUUGGAGCAAGCUAUUCUUGAGUACCGGUGCUCGUGUGUGUCUUCUGGUCCUCAGCGACGAGUUGUGGACCCGUAAAGUGACUCUGGUACACCUGGGGGAAAAGGAAGACCAUCAACUGGUUGUUGAUUGCCAUUACCACCUGAUAGAAUACUCAGCUGGGAUUUAGACUUCAAUCGUUAGUUAUUGAAGGCAAGUAAUUGACUCAAUAGAUGACUCCCAGCCCCGUAACGUUGAGAACACGCUUGGAGGCGCAAGAAGAUAAGUGAUCGUUGACCAAGAGCAAUUUGGUUAGCCUGGAACUGUUAUUGUAUAAUUAAUCGACGCAACAGGUGACUCCAAUAAGGAAGAAUACACUUACCAGGAAGAUACCAUUAAUUUGACACAGCAAUCAGCAGAGAUCCCAGACUUUGUUAGACCUGCAAUCAAAGAAUACACGUUAGCGACUAGCAGCGAAUAUAGGAUUAAGAUCGUGCCGUGAAUAUUGAAAUCGAGGCGCUAGAAGACUUAACAAUUCUGUCGAAUCCUGAUCGUUGCGUCGUCGCGUCGGGAACGAUGGACGGAGGUCCUUUCGACGAUCCGAUCUUCUCAGACUUCGGUGGCCGUGGGGGUACGGGCGUCCACAGCAUUCAGGUGAUGCUUGGUCUGCACGGUGGCCACCACGCUGGGGACCUGAUGCCCACGGGAGGACAUCUUCACAAACUGGACUCCUCCAAUAGUCCUCCGCCUCACCAUCAGACCUCUCAUCAUCACCUGCAACAGCAACAGCAACAACAGAAGGAGCUCAAGGAGCUGGAGCUGGCUGGGAUGUACGCGCCGCUCCCUCAGACCCAGGACGUCACCACCUCGACGUCCACCGCCGCGACGCCGACCUCGACGACGCUGCAACAGGGCCUGCAACUUGGGAAUCCGCUGAAGAGGAAGCCCGAGGAUCCGAUGAACACUCUUGCGCCAGUCAGUAGCGAGGCACAGCCAGCUAAAAAAGACUCCAAGAAGAAGACUGACAACAACGGAAUAAAGAAGAAGAAAACCAGAACGACGUUCACGGCGUAUCAGUUGGACGAGCUGGAAAAGGCGUUCGAGCGAGCUCCGUACCCGGACGUGUUCGCGCGCGAGGAACUCGCCCUAAAGCUGGCCUUGUCGGAGUCCAGAGUGCAAGUCUGGUUCCAAAAUCGGCGAGCGAAGUGGCGAAAACGGGAACCACCGCGAAAGACCGCCGGUUACAUGGCUGCUGGAUCGGCGAGUCCCGGUCUGUCAGGAUCUUUCACGUCGCUGAACAACACGCUGAACCCGUUCGCGUCUCCUACGACGGCGACCGCCCCACCCGAUGCAUGGGCAUAUUCACCGGCGUACGACCUGGCGCCCCACCUGAAUCUACUGAGCCCCUCUAACUCCCCCUACUCGACCUCUUUCGGCGGACCGAGCAACAACGGUUCGGCAUACUCGUACGCGACGAUGCUGCCGCAGCACGAUGCGUCCCUGUUCUCCACGCCUUCGGGGAACACGAUGCGCGUCCACCAGGACUACAUGAACGCCAGCAACAGUCCGCCGCCACCUCUGACGCGCAACGAUUACCAAACGAUGGUAACCGCCCAUUCGCCUCCCACCCACCUAGCGAACUCCAUGUCCGAGGAGGACCACCAACAGAACAAACAGCUGGACUACGUGAGCGGUUUGAGUCCCACGGACAAGUACCAGCACGAGCAGCCCGACUACGCGCAACAGCAACAGCAACAACAGCAACAGGACCAGAAGCAAGAGUACAGCAUGCACUCGCCGCAAGGCCGCCAAGGCAUGAAGGAUCAAGUGAUGGUGAAGAGCGAGCCGACGAGCCAACAGAACUACGUGCAGCUGCCUCCUUUUCUGAACUGACUCGAAACCUCCGUUCUAGACUUGUUCUAGAAGACCACACCCCGCCCCUUACUCGCAAGGGAGUCUGAGAAGAACUUGACUCUUGUUCGGAAGUUUCAUUUUCGUUUUGGGUCGGGAGCGUCCGGGGAAUCGUCGAGUCUUGUAUAUAAACUGUUCUUUGAUUAUGUAAUUAAACGGUGCAGUAACGCAGUUGACCCUUUAUAACCUCUUCGGUGCAUCUGAAAUCAUGUAUAUACGCGUUAUUUACGGUUUCGAAAUUUUAUUCGAUUUCUGUUUUACCGGUACAGUUAUGCACGGUCAACUUUUCCAUUCGGGCUUCUCGAUCUCGACGAAAGAUCGAGCAGAAAAGGAAAGAGAUCAAAAGCAAUUUGAUUUGAUUUAUGGCGUGUUUGGAUUCGUUUUGAUCGAAAGUAUCCAAAGAAUAUAGUAGUACCAUUUUUAGAAAAAUAAAUUUUGUAUAUUGUAUGAUUACGUUUUCAUCAUAGCGGCAUCCUUUUGUCGUGACGUACUAUAUCACAGUUAGGUCCCAAAUCUUAAGAGAGUAAACCGUACAUUACUGUAUAUAUCAAUUCAAUCUAUAACAACAUUAGUUAUGCAAUUUUGCGCGUCGAGAGGAAUACAGUUGGAAGAUUGUGCCCUGUUUUAUAAUUGUUUCUUUCAGACAAAUAUCAUUUAGGUUAUAGAGGGUUAGGUUCGAUAAAAAUCAUCGAUUAUAGUCGGAUCGAAAUCAACUUAACCACCGAGGACUACAAUCCCUAUUACGUUCGAUCAAUGCAUAAAUAAAUUACGAUUCGUGUUGUGUAAACGAGUGAAAAAGAGGGAAAUCCAAAGAGAGUUUUGUUCAAAGUCUGCUAGUGGAUUCGUUGAUAUAGUGGCUCGCGAAAGUAUUCACUACUAAAACUUUAAACGAUAAAGAUAUGCACGUUAAACUUAAGUUCACAAAAACCAAUCGAAUAUUUUUAAUAUAAUAUUUCACAUACCUGUGUCAAUGGACGACGGUUUACACUUCGUUUAUUUAGAGAAACAU